UAUAUAUAAGGACGUGUUAGGCCAAACUCGAAAGGCACGGAACCAAGAACAGAACUGCUCUACCAGCUGUUUCUUCCUUCUCACAACAUCUAUCCAAAUGGAGAUCACCAAGAAGAAAUCUGAACCAACUAAAGAAGAUGUUGUCAAGUAUAGAGGAGUUAAAGCCAUGCCAUUUAUCAUAGGAAAUGAGACUUUUGAGAAGCUGGGGACGAUGGGCACUGUAUCAAACCUGAUAGUGUAUCUCACUACUGUUUUCAACAUGAAGAGCAUAACAGCCACCACUGUUAUUAAUGUGUUCACUGGAACUGUAAAUGCUGUCCCAUUAAUUGGUGCUUUCAUCUCUGAUACCUAUUUGGGACGAUACAAGACUCUUGCCAUUGCUUCUAUGUGUUCUCUCAUGGGAAUGGUAGUAUUAACUCUCACUGCGGGAAUUCCUACUUUGCACCCUCCAAGUUGCACAAUAAAGGAGAUAGGCAAAUGCAUUGGACCAACGGGUGGGCAAUUGGCUUUACUAUUUGUUGGGCUAGCAUUUCUAGUUCUUGGAGCAGGAGGUAUCCGCCCUUGUAACCUUGCCUUUGGGGCUGAUCAGUUCAAUCCACAUACUGAAGCGGGCAAGCGAGGCAUCAAUAGCUUCUUCAACUGGUACUAUUGCACCUACACGUUUGGCAUGAUGGUAUCUACAACUUUCAUUGUCUAUAUCCAGACAAAUAUUAGUUGGACUAUUGGAUUGGCCAUUCCAGCAUGUCUAAUGUUCCUGUCCUGUGGCCUCUUCUUCGUCGGUACAAAACUAUAUGUCAUAGUGAAACCUGAGGGGAGUGCUAUAAUUAGUGUAAUUCAAGUACUAGUUGCUGCUACUAAGAAGCGAAGGUUAAAGCUGCCUGAAAAUGCUCUUAGUCUUUUCAAUUAUGUGCCGACUAAUUCUAUCAACACCAAGCUUCCCAAAACAAAUCAAUUCAGGUGGCUUGACAAGGCUGCAAUUAUAACGGAUGAAGAUCAGUUCAAUUCUGAUGGUUCUGCUGCCAAUCCAUGGAGACUUUGUGGGACUCAACAAGUGGAAGAAGCAAAAUGCAUAAUGAGAGUAAUCCCAAUAUGGGCAUCAGGCAUCAUUUACUACAUUCCAGUAGUUCAACAAAACACUUACGCAGUUUUACAAGCACUUCAAGCAGAUAGAAGACUCGGUAGCAGUGGCUUUGAGGUGCCUGGUGCUUCAUUUAUAGUCUUUGCCAUGUUAACUCUUACCAUCUUCAUUCCCAUCUAUGAUCGAAUUAUUGUUCCAUCUCUUCGAAAGAUCACUGGUAAAGAAGGUGGAAUUUCAAUUCUCCAGAGAAUGGGAAUUGGGAUCAUUUUCUCAAUUCUCACCAUGAUUGUUUCUGGUUUGGUUGAAGAGCGAAGAAGGCGCAUGGCUAUUACAGGGUCGACCAUAGGAGUUUCGCCUAGAGGGGCUAUAUCAUCUAUGUCUGCUUUAUGGCUACUGCCUCAAUUAGCACUUGCAGGAUUAACAGAGGCUCUUAAUUCCGUCGGGCAGACUGAGUUCUACUACAAGCAAUUCCCUGAAAAUAUGAGAAGCAUAGCUGGUUCUUUCUUUUAUCUUGGAUUGGCAGGUUCAUUUUAUCUAAGUAGCAUACUUGUUUCAAUAGUGCACCAUGCUACAGCAGGAUCUAAUGGCAGAGAUUGGUUAGCUGAGGAUCUUAACAAAGGGAGACUGGAUUACUUUUAUUACAUGAUUGCUGUUCUGGGUGCUCUCAACUUUUGCUAUUUCUUGGUGUUUGCUAAGUACUACAGAUACAAAGGUAGCUACGGAAGCACCACGGAAGUUAAGCCUGCAAGUGAAUCAGUGUGAGAGUGUGCAAGAUUUGUGAUGUUCUGAUUUUCCUAAAGUUACUGAGGAUAGGACUAGUGUGCAAAAUCGCACUGUUUUAUUUUCUUGCAAUAAUCUUUGCCUUUUCCUUUGAAAAUCAAUAGCCUAUUGCAUACUGCAUAUUGUUGAUAUUGUUGCGUAAUGGUACAAAUAAUUUGGCAGUAGCCAUUAUCUUUGUAAGUGUUACUGUUAAAUGCAUAAAUAAUAUUCUCAACCACAGGCAUUCAUUUUCUA